CAUUAACAAUAAAUAUUAAAGCAAAUAAAUUUUAAAGGAAUGAGAAUUUGACUUCGAAUCAGGUCAAAAAUAAACGUGAACAAAUCUGCUUUCAUGUUAAUAUUUUUUUUAAUAUUUCUUCUCUUAUUUCAGUGCCAAAAUGUGGCUAUGUUUUUCACUGAUACUAUCACCCACCUCAGGAUAUGAAUAUUUACCACCGCAUGUAUCGUUCGAUCCAGCCGAAAAUUUUCACAAUUCCAGUGAAUAUCAUCUUAGCCCACAAUUGGUACAGACCAAGGUUUCCGUGUACAAAUACGAUUAUAAUCCGGAAAAUGAAUUAGAUUUCUCAGCAGGACAUAGGAAAAACCCAGCCCAUAUUUUGUUGAAACCCUUACUUUCUGAUAAUCUUGAUUUGCCUUUGAUUAAACUACCGACAAGUAAAAAUCGACCUAUGGAAAUAGUCUUCGAAGGCAAUGCAUUGGAAUUUGAUUUUCCCUCGGAAGAGGAGAAGCAGGCAGCCCUUAAAGAUGGACGAUAUAAACCGAAUAAUAUACUGCCCAUAGAUGUGGAUGUCUAUUCGCCAAGUGAUGGCAGUCGCACUCAGGUAUUUAUGACCAUACCACGUUUUGAUAGAGGUCCGCCAUACUCUUUGGCGAGGGUUCGCAAUGAACCUGGUCAGUCUGGCAUAAAACUGGAAGCCUAUCCUGAUUAUUCCUGGCACAGUUCAUAUGGAGCCAACUGCAAGGGUCUGGCCUCGGUUUACAGAGUUAUGAUUGAUCCCUGCAAUCGCAUGUGGAUAUUGGAUAGCGGUGAAAUUGGCCGAAAUCACACCUGUAGCCCCCAAAUUGUUGUCUUCGACAUACCCAGCCACAGAGAGGUCCAUCGUUAUGAGUUGCCACGCAAGGUAUAUGUCAAAGAUUACAGUCGUCUGGUCACGAUUGUGCUGGAUGUGGCCGAUCCCCCACCCCAUGGACGUUGUGAGAAAACCUUUGCCUAUCUGGCGGAUGCAACCUCUUUUGCCCUCGUCGUCUACGAUCAUCAGAAACGAGAUUCGUGGCGUAUUGAAAACCGUUUUACCUAUCCAAAUCCACAUUUCAGCAAACACACGGUGGCUGGUGAAAGUUUUGAACUGUUGGAUGGGGUAUUCGGCAUGUCUGUGACUCCACAUGGCUUGAAUAUGCAACGCAUGUUAUAUUUUCAUUCGUUGAGCAAUGAUCUUUUGGCUGCUGUUCCACUGGAUGUUCUUAACAAUGGCAGUUAUUUUCGUAUCGGAGAUAUAUCGGCCCGCCUAAAAGAUUUCCAUGCAGUCGGCCAAAGAGGUGUCCAGUGCACGGUGUCCGCAAUGACACCGCACGGCUAUUUGUUGUGUGGAUUCCUAAAUCCAAUUGGAAUUGUUGGUUGGGAUAUAAGGAAACCGUACACUGCGGAAAAUCGCAUAACGCUGGCAGAAAAUCACAAAACCCUGCAGUUCAUUGGCGGUCUUAAAAUUGCACCCAAUGCCGAGGGUAAACUUGAAGUUUGGAUGUUGUCAAAUCGUGCCCAGAAAUUCUUUAGCGGAACAAAUAAUUUGAAGGAAAUCAAUUAUCGGGUGCAGAAAUGUGGUUUGAAUGAACUGUUGUUAGGUCUACCGUGUUAGCUGUAAGAUGGAGGGGGUCCGACACCUCCAAUGUACUGAUUAGUUUUAAUUAUUUGUAUUUUUAUUAAAAAA